AAUUAUAGAGAGAACCUGAAUUACAAUGGGGGACGACAGUGAGUGGAUGAAACUGCCCAUUGACCAGAAGUGUGAACACAAGCUGUGGAAAGCCAGAUUAAAUGGUUAUGAAGAAGCCCUUAAGCUCUUCCAGAAGAUAGAUGAUGAAAAGAGUCCCGAAUGGUCCAAGUAUCUUGGAUUGAUAAAGAAAUUUGUGACAGACUCCAAUGCAGUGGCUCAGUUGAAAGGACUGGAAGCAGCGCUUGCUUAUGUUGAAAAUGCUCAUGUAGCUGGGAAGACAACAGGAGAAGUAGCGUCUGGAGUUGUAAAUAAAGUGUUCAAUCAGCCGAAAGCCAGAGCAAAAGAGCUGGGUCUAGAUAUAUGUCUAAUGUAUAUAGAAAUUGAGAAGGGGGAGGCAGUACAAGAAGAAUUACUAAAGGGUCUGGACAACAAAAACCCGAAAAUCAUAGUAGCAUGUAUAGAGACACUGAGGAAAGCACUAAGUGAAUUUGGUUCAAAAAUAAUCUCACUGAAGCCAAUCAUUAAAGUAUUGCCAAAACUUUUUGAGUCUCGGGAAAAGGCUGUUCGAGAUGAAGCCAAACUCCUUGCUGUGGAGAUCUACCGUUGGAUAAGGGAUGCUCUGAGACCUCCAUUGCAGAACAUAAAUUCUGUUCAGCUAAAAGAACUGGAAGAAGAGUGGGUCAAAGUGUCAUCAGCUGCUCCUAAGCAGACCAGGUUCCUGCGUUCCCAACAGGAGCUGAAAGCAAAAUUUGAGCAGCAGCAGGCAGUUGGAGGAGAUGCAGAUGGAGGAGGUGAUGAUGAGGAAGAGGCAGUACCACAAGUAGAUGCAUAUGAGUUGCUUGAAGCUGUAGAAAUUCUUUCCAAGCUUCCCAAAGACUUCUAUGAGAAAAUAGAAGCAAAAAAAUGGCAAGAAAGGAAAGAAGCUCUAGAAGCUGUUGAACUGCUGGUGAAAAAUCCCAAAUUGGAAUCAGGAGACUAUGCAGACUUGGUGAAAGUUCUCAAAAAGGUUGUUGGAAAGGAUACAAAUGUUAUGUUAGUUGCUUUGGCUGCCAAAUGCCUUGCUGGACUAGCUGCUGGCCUCCGAAAGAAAUUUGGACAGUAUGCAGGGCAUGUUGUUCCAACAAUCUUGGAGAAAUUUAAAGAGAAGAAGCCUCAGGUAGUGCAGGCACUGCAGGAGGCCAUUGAUGCAAUCUUUCUUACAACCACAUUGCAGAACAUAAGUGAAGAUGUGUUGGCAGUGAUGGACAACAAAAACCCAACAAUUAAGCAACAAACAUCCCUUUUCAUUGCAAGAAGCUUCCGUCACUGCACGCCUUCUACUCUGCCAAAAAGCCUGUUAAAACCUUUCUGUGCUGCACUCCUCAAGCAUAUCAAUGAUUCUGCUCCUGAAGUAAGAGAUGCUGGAUUUGAAGCAUUAGGAACUGCCUUGAAAGUGGCUGGAGAGAAAGCUGUGAAUCCUUUUCUAGCAGAUGUAGACAAACUAAAGCUUGAUCGGAUUAAAGAGUGUGCUGAGAAGGUAGAACUGAUUUAUGGUAAAAAGACAGGAGGAGCUGCUGAGAAAAAAGAAGGCAAGCCUAUUACUGGAAAGGCCCCUGCUCUUUCAGGGAGCGGUGGAGAUAAAGAAACAAAAGAUGCAGCAACCAAACCAGGACCACUGAAAAAAGCACCCACUGUGAAGUCUGGGGGCCCACCCAAGAAAGGCAAACCAGCUGCAGCUGCAGGUAUGGGAGGUGCUGGGGCAAAAGGCAAGAAGGGUCCCGAGACCAAAGAAAUAUUUGAAUCGGAGCUCUCGAUAGAAGUAUGUGAAGAGAAAGCUGCUGCUGUCCUUCCAGCUUCUUGUAUCCAGCAGUUGGACAGUGGUAACUGGAAAGAGAGGCUUGCCUGCAUGGAGGAGUUUCAGAAGGCUGUUGAGCUUAUGGAGAGAAGUGAAAUGCCUUGCCAAGCUCUAGUAAGGAUGCUGGCCAAGAAACCUGGUUGGAAGGAAACAAAUUUUCAGGUGAUGCAGAUGAAACUGCAUAUAGUUGCAUUGAUUGCACAGAAAGGAAACUUCUCCAAAACUUCAGCACAGGUUGUGCUGGAUGGUCUUGUAGACAAGGUUGGUGAUGUGAAAUGUGGGAGUAAUGCAAAAGAAGCCAUGACAGCAAUAGCAGAGGCGUGUCAGUUGCCAUGGACUGCUGAGCAGGUUGUGGCUAUGGCUUUCUCUCAAAAGAAUCCUAAAAACCAGUCAGAAACUUUGAACUGGCUUUCAAAUGCAAUUAAAGAGUUUGGCUUUUCUGGACUGAAUGUCAAAGCUUUCAUCAGUAACGUGAAGACAGCUCUUGCUGCAACUAACCCAGCUGUAAGGACUUCUGCCAUUACCUUGCUGGGAGUCAUGUAUCUUUAUGUGGGACCUCCUUUGCGAAUGUUUUUUGAGGAUGAGAAGCCAGCCCUUCUCUCCCAGAUAGAUGCAGAAUUUGAAAAGAUGCAAGGGCAGAUGGCGCCAGCCCCAACUCGUGGCAUUUCCAGGCACAGUGGGGGAGGUGGGGAUGAUGGCGAGGAAGAGGAACAGGAAGAUGUUGGGAAUGAUGUAGUGGAUCUCUUGCCAAGAACAGAUAUUGGUGAUAAGAUCACGGCUGAACUAGUGUCUAAGAUUGGGGACAAAAACUGGAAGAUCAGAAAGGAAGGUCUAGAUGAAGUGACAAGCAUAAUAAAUGAUGCUAAGUUUAUACAGCCAAACAUAGGAGAACUUCCAGCUGCUUUGAAGAGUCGUCUCAAUGACUCCAAUAAAAUCUUGGUGCAACAAACACUGAGCAUUCUUCAGCAGCUAGCAACAGCAAUGGGCCCCAAUAUCAAACAGCAUGUGAAAAAUUUGGGCAUUCCAGUCAUUACAGUCCUAGGAGACAGUAAGAAUAAUGUUCGUGCUGCUGCCCUAGCAACUGUGAACGCCUGGGCUGAACAAACUGGCAUGAAAGAGUGGUUGGAAGGGGAAGACCUGUCUGAGGAGCUCAAAAAAGAAAAUCCUUUCCUAAGACAAGAGCUUCUUGGUUGGUUGGCUGAGAAGUUGCCUACCCUCCGUUCUGUUCCUUCUGACCUACUCUUGUGUGUGCCUCACCUGUACUCCUGCCUUGAAGAUCGAAAUGGGGAUGUGCGUAAAAAGGCCCAGGAUGCCCUGCCAUUUUUUAUGAUGCAUCUUGGCUUUGAGAAGAUGGCAAAAGCCACCAGCAAGCUGAAGCCAACUUCCAAAGACCAGGUACUGGCCAUGCUUGAGAAAGCCAAAGCCAACAUGCCAGCCAAACCAGCUCCUCCUGCUAAAGCAUCUUCCAGAGUGGUAGGGGGAGCAGCUCCAGCCAAAUUCCAACCUGCAUCAGCACUUGCUGAAGAUUCGGGGUCCAAUACCAUGGAAUCCAAGCCUGAUCCCAAAAAAGCCAAAGCAGGAGGAGCCUCCUCUAAAGCUAAGCAGUCAGAUGUUAGUAGCGGUAUGUCCAAGGGCAAUAUCAGCCUGUCCAAAGCUAAUACAAGCCUCAGCAAAGGCAGUACCAGUCUGACAAAGAGCAAAUCUAUCAAACAGGGUGUACAGGGGAAGAAAGUGCUAAGCAAGCCUAAUUUGAAGGAAGAUGAUGAUAAAUCGGGUCCUAUUUUUAUCAUAGUCCCAAAUGGGAAAGAACAGAGGAUGAAAGAUGAGAAAGGUCUGAAGGUGUUAAAGUGGAAUUUCACUACUCCCCGUGAUGAAUAUAUUGAGCAGCUAAAAACUCAGAUGUCCAGUUGUGUGGCCAAAUGGCUACAGGAUGAGAUGUUUCAUGCAGACUUUCAGCACCACAACAAAGCACUGGCUGUUAUGAUUGAGCACUUGGAGAUUGAAAAAGAUGGAGUAAUCAGCUGCCUGGAUCUGAUCCUAAAAUGGCUUACCCUGCGGUUCUUUGAUACCAACACAAGUGUUUUGAUGAAAGCACUUGAAUACCUUAAAUUGCUUUUCAAUUUGUUGAGUCAAGAAGAGUAUCACCUUACUGAAAAUGAAGCAUCCUCUUUCAUCCCAUAUCUUAUCCUAAAGGUAGGAGAACCGAAAGAUGUCAUCCGCAAGGAUGUACGUGCCAUUCUGAACAGGAUGUGUCUCAUCUAUCCAGCCAGCAAGAUGUUCACUUUCAUCAUGGAGGGGACAAAAUCCAAAAACUCAAAACAGCGUGCAGAAUGCCUGGAGGAGCUUGGAUGUCUGGUUGAAUCGUAUGGCAUGAAUGUAUGCCAGCCAACUCCAGGGAAAGCCUUAAAAGAAAUGGCAACUCAUAUUGGUGAUAGGGACAACACUGUGCGCAAUGCUGCACUGAACACCAUUGUGACUGUCUAUAAUGUUCAUGGCGACCAAGUGUUCAAGCUGAUCGGAAAUCUUUCUGAGAAAGACAUGAGCAUGCUGGAGGAAAGAAUAAAACGGUCAGCCAAGAGACCAUCUGCUGCUCCAGUGAGACAGGCAGAGGAGAAACCUCAGCGUACUCAAAACAUCAGCGCUAAUGCUAGCAUGCUGCGGAAGGGACCAGCUGAGGACAUGUCCUCCAAACUCAACCAAAAUCGCAACAUGGGCAGUCACUCUGAGACAACGCAUACAGUUCCACGGGAAUUUCAGCUGGAUCUUGAUGAAAUUGAAAAUGACAAUGGUACUGUCAGAUGUGAGAUGCCAGCACUUGUACAGCACAAACUAGAUGACAUCUUUGAGCCAGUCUUGAUUCCUGAGCCCAAAAUCCGUGCUGUGUCCCCACACUUCGAUGACAUGCACAGUAACACAGCUUCUACUAUCAACUUUGUCAUUUCCCAAGUAGCCAGUGGUGAUAUAAAUACAAGCAUCCAGGCUCUGGCACAGAUUGAUGAGGUUCUCAGGCAGGAAGACAAAGCAGAAGCUAUGUCUGGCCACAUUGACCAAUUCCUAAUAGCUACAUUUAUGCAGCUUCGGCUAAUCUACAAUACGCACAUGGCAGAUGAGAAGCUAGACAAAGAUGAGAUAGUCAAACUUUACAGCUGUAUUAUUGGGAGCAUGAUCUCGCUUUUUCAGAUAGAGAGUCUGGCUCGAGAGGCCUCCACGGGUGUGCUGAAGGACCUAAUGCAUGGUCUUAUUACAUUAAUGCUGGAUUCUCGAGUUGAAGACCUUGAGGAGGGUGAGCAGGUCAUCCGAUCAGUCAACCUCUUGGUAGUGAAGGUUCUAGAAAAGUCUGACCAGACCAACAUCUUGAGUGCUCUGCUUGUUUUGCUCCAAGACAGUCUGCUAGCAACAGCCAGCUCUCCUAAGUUUUCAGAACUUGUCAUGAAGUGUCUGUGGAGAAUGGUGCGUCUUCUUCCGGAAACCAUUAAUAGCAUCAAUCUGGAUCGGAUUCUACUGGAUAUCCACAUUUUCAUGAAGGUCUUUCCCAAAGAGAAACUGAAGCAAUGUAAGAGUGAGUUUCCUAUAAGGACACUGAAGACUCUGCUUCACACCCUGUGCAAGCUGAAAGGGCCCAAGAUCUUAGAUCAUUUGACAAUGAUAGACAACAAAAAUGAGUCUGAGCUGGAGGCUCACCUGUGUAGAGUAAUGAAACACUCUAUGGACCAGACUGGAAGCAAAGCUGAUAAGGAUACAGAAAAAGGGGCUUCUCGCAUAGUAAGUAAGGAGGAAAAGGCUUCGAAGGCCAAAGUUAACGAUAUUUUGGCAGAAAUAUUUAAGAAGAUUGGCUCCAAGGAGAACACUAAGGAGGGUCUGGCAGAGCUGUAUGAAUACAAAAAGAAAUAUUCUGAUGCAGACAUCGAGCCCUUCCUGAAAAACUCCUCUCAGUUCUUCCAGAGCUAUGUGGAAAGAGGCCUCCGACUGAUAGAAACAGAACGGGAGGGGAAAGGACGCAUUGCUGCUUCCACAGGAAUUUCUCCUCAGAUGGAAGGAACGUGUGUUCCUGCUUCUACCCACACUGUAUCUUCAUCUAUAGGAAACACAAAUGGCGAGGAAGUGGGGCCUUCCGUUUACUUGGAAAGAUUAAAAAUCCUGAGGCAGCGUUGUGGCCUUGACAACGCAAAGCAGGAAGACAGGCCACCUCUGACGUCUCUGCUCUCUAAACCAGCACUCCCUACAGUUGCAUCCUCUACAGAUAUGCUUCACAGUAAGCUCUCCCAGCUCCGUGAGUCACGGGAGCAGUACCAACAUCUGGACCUGGACUCCAAUCAGACUCAUUCCUCUGGCAUUGGAACUACCCUGGCUUCACCCUCUUCUGCAGCAGCUAAUAUUGAUGACUUGAAAAAAAGAUUGGAGAGAAUAAAAAGCAGUCGCAAAUAGAGAUGCGAGAGAGACAGCAUCACUGUUGCUUGGGCUGUCUUCAGCUUUAGUUUACUAAACUAGAAGUCUUCAUAGUUAAAUGGCCUCAUUUAGGCCUAAUGUAUACAAACUGGUUUAUGUAUAAUACAGUGGAUUUUGGGGGGUUGAGUCAUUGUGGCACAAGUAUUUGUACAUACUCUGCUUCUCAGUGAGCAUCUCUGACAAUAGAAGGCUGUCUGUGUAUUAGUUUUAGUGUACAGACCUGUAAACAACCAUCCUCUUGCUCAGACUAGUUUCUCAUAACUUGUUUUUUUAUUUGUAAAAUUGUCUUUAAGAUCUUUCCCUAGUUCUUAACUCUUAGAUCUUUAGUGAUUUCACUUUUAAUUUUGUGAAUUCUUCUCCAUGUAAUCCUUGAACUGUUGAUUCUGUGUGGACACAUGGCAUGAAGUAACUAAUUUAAGUGUCUUUUGUAAAUAAAGUUUGCAUUAACUAUA